UAGCAUAACAAGACUAUCGGUUUGCAGAGAUUCUCUCCUCCCCCUUCCCUCUCUGUUUUCUCUCUCUUUGUUACCGCGACAGAGAGUGGGAUAGAGCCAGAGACAAUGGAGAAAGCCCUAACUACAGUUGGUAGCUUCUGGAUAUCCAAGAAAGCCAAGGAGGAACUCCACAACAUCACUGAAGACCUCUCUUCUUUUUCAAGCAGCGUUGAGGACAAGGCAAAAUGGUUAUUCAACAAGCUCAAAGGUAAUGAUAAGCCACUGAAAUCCCUACCAGAUCUCCUUAGACAGCACAACCUUCUUCCGGGCCUCUUUCCCAGUAACAUAAUUUCUUACGAAUUCGAUCACUCAACAUGCAAGUUGAUCGUUUAUUUCGCUAAGCCAUGCGAGGUGACUUUCAAGGACUCAUCUGUUGUAAGAUAUGCCACUCGGGUGAAGGCAACACUGUCAAAAGGAAAGCUGAGUGGCAUUGAAGGAAUGAAAACAAAGGUGCUGGUGUGGGUCAAAGUUACCAGCAUAUCAGUGGAGAGCUACAAGUCUGACAAAGUUUGGUUCAUGGCAGGAGUGAAGAAGUCAAGACCAAAAGAUGCCUAUGAAAUGCCCCGUGAAGCCGUUAAAGUGGAAGCAUUUUAAACUUCCCAAAUUCCACUUCUAUGAUAUACAUACAUAUAUAUACAUUUAAUUGGUUGUAUUUCUGUAACUGAUAAUAUUCAUUGCUGUCUAUAAUUUUGCAUUUCCAGAAGGAGAUGGGUGGUUUUUGUAUUGGCUUUUGCAAGAUCAUCAGCUAUGUCAUUUGCUGCAAAUUUUGUUCGAUGAA